GGCCAUAUUAUAACUGCGGCUUUUAACGGGGCUCCAAGGCCUCCAUUCCUACCUCUCUCCUCUCAGUUAUUUCAUUGAAAUGCACUCAGCGUUCUCCAUUGAAGCUUUCUCCGUUGAAUCUAAUUCUUGUAUCCCCCAUUGAAGCAGCUUCUAAAGGCGGCCGCCCCUCUUGCCCUGCCUCAGGGACGGGCCUGGAUCAAUUUUUGGUGUAAUAACUCCUUCAGGCUGUAAAGGCUGUAAAUCUGAAGAGCUCAGAGAUAUUGAUCAUCCUAAUAUCCAGAUCUGCAAUGAAGGUCGCCAAAAUGCGCUUGCGGAACUCUUAGAAGUAUUGACUGAGGCUGUUACUUCUGAAAAUAAAUAAUGGAUGAGAUUGCUAAGGCUGUGGAGGAAGUUAAGAAACAGUGGUCUGAAACAAGUUUUCAGACUCAAGGACAUAUUAAGGCGAUAGAAGAUUAUGAUAGUUCUAGAGACAUUAGUGGAGAGAAGAAUUCGCUUCCUCGAUUGAACAGUUUGGCGCAGGAUGGCCUUGCUAUGCUUAGCUCAUUGCAGCUCAAGCUUGAUACAUUGGCUCCUCAACUUUCAUCCUACGACGAGGUUCAGUCUGCCCAAGCUCUUCUUGAGAACUGGAAGCAACAAUCUCAAAGCUUGCGAAUUGCUUUGAGGAAUGCUAAUUUGCAAGCGAAGGUGAACAGCAGGAAGACUGCUCAGAAAGAGAGGGAACUUCUUCUAGGCGGUGGUAGCGAGUCUACUGCACGAAGACGCAAUUUGCAGACAAAGGCCGGGAUGACGUCUACAGCUGAAGGCAUUACUGAGAGCCUUCGUCGCAGUCGCCAAAUUAUGGCUCAGGAGUUGGACAGAAGUACAAGUACAUUAAUGACUUUUGAGGAAUCGACUGGAACAUUGAAGAAAGCUGAAAGUGAAUACAAAGGACAUCGAUCAUUGUUAAUGCGGACACGUAACCUACUUUCCACGAUGCAGCGCCAAGACGUUAUAGACCGUGUCUUAAUUGUUGUAGGGUUCCUCGUCUUCUCUCUAGUUGUUCUUUAUGUUGUUUCAAAGCGUAUUGGAAUAUUGAAACUGCAGAGAGUAGUUGUUGCAUCCUUAAAAGCAGGUAUGUAUCGAGGUGCUGGUGCUGGUCAACGAGCGGCGGAUGGACUCAAUGUUGUACAGCAUGAUAAUGCACCUCCAGCAAUUGGAGCAAACCCCGCUCAAAAUGUCUUGCGUGAUGAACUUUGAAUACUUUGUUAUUCUGUUCUUUUAAAUAUUAUACGAAGUGUAAAUUUUCAAUUUUCAGAGGGAAAAACUAUUCCAUAACCAUUUGUUUAUCACUUUUAUAUAUAGUUAUAUACUAUGUUAGUGUGUUGAUUCUA